GGCUCAGUCCCAUUUUGUGGUGGUCAACAGUUUUUCAGUUCCUCUUCCCUCUUCUUCCUCUCCGACGACUUGGCGUCUUGGGCGGUCGAACAUACCUUAAGAAGCUCUUCUUCGUCGUUUUUCACAAGUUAUUUUCUCUCCUCGUAAUUCACUGUGACAUGAUCUCGAAAGCACUCGGCGUAUCGAGGGCCUAUGCCAAAGCGGCCUCCUCGAGGCGUUCGAUCACGUCCCUGCCUCACCUCUCUGAGAGAAUUAAGCAAACAGAAAAGGAGAUUGUCCAAAUGUUCCUGCCACAUGAUCUCAGAGACGAUGCACGAGACUUGCCGAAAGAUCCGAGGAUAUCGAGGUUUUCAAGGAGAGACCUUUCAGUUCGGACGUUGGACGAAAGGUUCAUCAGAAUUUUGAAGAUUUUCAAGUGGGGCCCUGAUGCAGAGAAGGCUUUGGAGGUGCUAAAGUUGAGAGUGGACCAUCAGCUUGUUCGCGAAAUACUGAAGGUCGAUGUUGAGAUCGGUGUUAAGAUUCAGUUCUUCAAGUGGGCUGGAAAGAGGAGGAACUUUGCACACGACGCGAGCACCUAUAUGGCCUUGAUUCGCUGCUUGGACGAAGCUGGGCUGGUUGGUGAGCUAUGGAAGAUGGUUCAAGAAAUGGCUCGGAGUGCAAGCGUGAUCAACCCGGUUGAAUUAUCUGAAAUCAUCCAAAUCUUGGGUAGGGCUAAGAUGGUAAACAAGGCUCUUUCGAUAUUUUACCAAGUCAAAGGACGCAAGUGCAAGGCUACAACAAGCACUUACAAUUCUAUGAUUCUGAUGCUAAUGCAAGAGGGUCAUCAUGAAAAGGUUCAUGAGCUGUACACAGAGAUGUGUACUGAUAACAAUUGUCUUCCCGAUACUGUGACCUACAACACAGUUAUAUCAGCAUCUGCUAAAUUGGGUCAUGCAGAAUCUGCACUUAGGUUAUUUGAUGAGAUGAAGGUGAACGGUUUGCAUCCCACUCCAAAGAUCUAUACGACUUUGUUGGGAAUCUAUUUUAAAUGUGGGGAAGUUGAAAAGGCGUUGAGUCUAGUCCAAGAGAUGAGAGACAAGGGUUAUGCACUUACUGUUUUUACAUACACUGAAUUGAUUAAGGGGCUUGGCAAGGCUGGGAGGAUUGAUGAUGCCUACAGUGUGUUUAUGAGUAUGCGAAAAGAAGGCUGUGAAGCUGAUGUUGUCUCCAUAAACAACACGAUUAACAUUCUGGGAAGAGCCGGUCGUCUAGAUGAUGCUAUAAAAAUCUUUAAUGAGAUGGAAUCCAUGCGAUGUGCGCCAAAUGUCGUGACUUACAACACCAUAAUUAAGGCUUUGUUUGAAUCUAAGGCUCCGGCUUCUGAAGCGGCAUCAUGGUUUGAGAAUAUGAAGGCAAAUGGUAUUGUUCCCAGCUCAUUCACUUAUUCGAUUCUCAUUCAUGGGUUUUGCAAGGCAAACAGGGUUGAAAAGGCUUUACUACUCUUGGAAGAGAUGGAUGAGAAAGGUUUUCCUCCUUGUCCGGCUGCCUAUUGCAGCCUGAUCAACAGUCUUGGAAAGGCGAACCGGCAUGAAGCUGCUAACGAGUUAUUUCAAGAAUUGAGAGAGAAUUAUGGACGUUUGAGCUCAAGAGUAUAUGCGGUCAUGAUUAAACACUACGGAAAAAGUGGACGUCUCAGUGAAGCUGUUGAUCUUUUCAAUGAGAUGAAGAUGACAGGUUGCAAUCCUGAUGUUUAUGCUUAUAAUGCACUCAUGUCAGGGAUGAUUAGGGCUGGGAUGAUGGACGAAGCCCAUUCAUUACUUCAGAACAUGGAAAAAAAUGGCUGCAGCCCAGAUAUAAAUUCACAUAACAUCAUUCUUAAUGGCCUGGCAAGGUCUGGUGGGCCAGAUCGGGCAAUGGAAACGUUUACGAAGAUGAAACGUUCGAGGAUUAAGCCAGAUUCUGUAUCUUAUAACACUGUACUUGGAUGUCUCAGCCGCGCUGGUAUGUUUGAGGAAGCUGCAAAGCUUAUGAAGGAGAUGAAGGCUCAAGGAUUUGAAUAUGACCUCAUCACCUACUCAUCAAUACUUGAAGCAGUUGGUAAAGUCGAUGAAGUUCGGGAAGCAGUCUUAUGAGAAACAUAAUUGAUCAGACUUUAUCUGCAUGGUCUAUUCUAUUGCGAAAUCGCCUAUCGGACAAGAGACAUAUUUCCUUGGUCGUCAUGUAAGUUUUCUUUGCUGUAGAGCUGCCGUUAUUCAAGUAAAACUCCCCUGUUAGGCACUAGUAUUGACUACUGACUUUUUUAUGUUACUAUAAUUUGGCUUGGUUUUAAAUUAAGGUAAAGCUCGAAAACCAAAAAAGAUGGUGAAGAGGACAACUGUUCCUUUGGAAGGCCGCUCUAUCCUGGCAUGUUUAGAGAGACUUGCAGAUAGGCUGUGAAUCAUGUCUUUGAUAUGGGCGUCCAAGAUCGUGGCAUGGAUCAUUCUGUCUUGAGGAUGAGAAAGGUAGAGAAGUACCUGUCCUCAUUCAUCAGUGGCUUCUCUCAUUUUGAUGAGUAUGAGAUGCAUGUUCUUGAAUUUGGAGAGGGCAUUUUGAUGCUAGAGAUCAGUAUCUGGAGACUGAUGGUAUUAAGAAGAUGGAGAUGAAGAAGACAUAUAUGCGUUGAUGGUUCAAAGAAACAGAAGUUUGACAUUGGUGAUCUCUUAACAGCGAGCCUUUUUCUUUUCUAGGAAAGUUCUAUCAAAAUCGCAGUUGGUUGUGAACUUCUGGCUGUUUGGGAUUAGCAUGUUAAUGCAAGAUGCCUGGCAUGGAGAGAAGGCUGCAGCACAUCGCCUACAUGGGCUACUUCAUCUGUACUUGGUUGGCAUGAGAUCCAAGCCAGAAGCCAUCAUAUUCUCGAAGUGCCUCGACUCCCUUGUUGCGGGGCUGGUUGGAGAUUCAUAAUUUCAAAGGAGAUGGCAAUAGAGAUUCUUGGGCAACCCACUAACAGGGACAAGUUGGAGGCAGGUCCAAAAGUUGCAUUGCAUCGCUAGAUAGCCUGUCGAUGGAAAGUGUGAGGGUGUACUCAUUGAUGGGGAGGCACUUUGGGAGUAAUUCAAGACUCUUGAAGCUCUUUGCAUUGUUAAAAGGCAGGUCUGAAAUAUUCAGGUCCAGGAAAUUCUGGAUCUCCUGGAUUCGUCUAUGCAUGAUUAGUCCACCAUACAAAGUGUGAUGGCUACAAACCAAGUGGGAAAUUUACUUCGUAGACAUUGUAAUCUGCUUUUCAAUAUGAAAAGUUACUAAGAAAGUUCAUGGUCAUUAAGUAACGGGCGUUAUCAUCUUGGAUGAAGUUGCUAAUGAAUGUGAAAAAUCCUUUUGUUCUUA